AUGGCGGUGGCUGAUGCGGCGUCCCGGGAGCAGCUGGUUCGCUGGUCCACUCAGCAAUUGCGGAAAACCUUCGGCCUAGAUGUCAGCGAGGAGAUUAUACAGUAUGUUUUGUCAAUAGAGAGUGCUGAAGAGAUUCGAGAAUAUGUUACUGAUCUCCUCCAGGGAAAUGAGGGCAAAAAAGGACAAUUCAUAGAAGAGCUUAUAAUCAAAUGGCAAAAUAAUGAUCAAGAGUUGACUCAUGAUCCUUUACAGCAGUGUUUCAAAAAAGAUGGGUUUCAGAUAAAGGGCUGUAGAUCUCUGUAUUUCUGUUACGCACAGGAGAACAGUAACUCCUUAAAGAAGAAGACGAAGUUUGUCAAUUUAUACACAAAAGAGGGACAGGACAAACUUGCGGUCCUGCUCCCUGGUCGCCACCCUUGUGAUUGCCUGGGCCAGAAGCACAAGCUCAUCAAUAACUGCCUGAUCUGUGGGCGUAUUGUCUGUGAACAAGAGGGCUCUGGCCCCUGCUUAUUCUGUGGCUCUCUGGUAUGUACUCGUGAAGAACAGGAUAUUUUACAGCGUGAUUCAAACAAAAGCCAGAAACUACUAAAGAAGCUCAUGUCAGGGAUGGAGAAUUCUGGAAAGGUGGAUAUCUCCCCCAAGGACCUGCUUCCUCAUCAGGAGUCUCGAAUGAAGACUGGCCUAGAGAAGGCUAUCCAGCAUAAAGACAAACUGUUAGAGUUUGAUAGAACUAGUAUUCGAAGGACCCAAGUCAUUGAUGAUGAGUCAGAUUAUUUUGCCAGUGAUUCUAACCAGUGGUUGUCCAAAAUUGAGCGGGAAACCUUGCAAAAACGAGAGGGGGAGCUGAGAGAACUUCGACAUGCCUCUCGACUCUCUAAGAAGAUCACUAUUGACUUUGCAGGGAGGAAGAUCUUGGAAGAAGAAAAUCCACUAGCAGAAUAUCACAGCAAACUAGAUGAAACAAUACAGGCCAUUGCCAAUGGAACCUUGAACCAGCCACUGACCAUAUUGGAUAGAUCUUCUGCAGAGCCUUUGGGAGUUCUAGUGAAUCCCAAUGUGCACCAGCCCCCUCCACAGUGGGUAAACCAGACAGGUGCAGCCUCACAGAAGUCUUUCCGUUUAGCAAGAUCAGAACUAGAGCUCAGUUCACAUCAGCACAGGAUGCGCAUCCAGGACCAGGAGUUUCAGGAAGGAUUUGAUGGUGGCUGGUGCCUCUCUAUGCAUCAGCCUUGGGCUUCCUUGCUUGUCAGAGGGAUUAAAAGAGUGGAAGGCAGAACCUGGUACACCCCUCACAGAGGACGACUUUGGAUAGCAGCCACAGCCAAAAAACCCUCCCCUCAAGAAGUUUCAGAACUUGAGGCUACAUAUCGUCUUCUUCGUGGGAAAGGUUUGGAAUUUCCCAGUGACUAUCCAUCAGGUUGUCUUCUUGGCUGUGUGGACCUAACUGACUGUUUGUCCCAGAAGCAAUUUAAGGAGCAAUAUCCAGAUCUCAGUCAAGAAUCUGAUUCUCCAUUUGUUUUCAUCUGCACAAAUCCCCAGGAAAUGAUUGUGAAGUUUCCUGUAAAAGGAAAUCCAAAAAUCUGGAAGCUGGAUUCCAAGAUCCAUCAAGGAGCAAAGAAGGGGUUAAUGAAGCAGAAUAAAGCUGUCUGA